AUGGUGUUGGAAGAUCAGCCGCAGCUCAUGAUUAGAAAUGAUGGAUCUCAUCAAGGAUCCACAAACAGAGAUUCUGCAAGUAGCAUUCCUGUUGUAUUAGAUUCAGAUCUACAGUCAUCAAUAACUGAAUGUGUUACUCUGAUUCACAUAGAAACGGUUGAAUCUGUAGAUAUUUUUACGCCGAGGUUAUCAGAAGAACACACUAAACCAGGAUGCUCCGUGGUACUAACAGAUAAUUAUAAAGUAUUCAGGGACUGCCCCUUUAACAUCUUAAUUAAUAAUGAUAGAUCUAUCUGCCGAAGAUACACGAGCCAAGAUUCUUUAAAAAGCAUCAGCUCUGUUUCAUUAGAUUCGGAUCUAACGUCAUCAGAAACAGUUGAGCAGACUAUCACUACCUCGUCACCGCCUCCAAGAAAAAGACAAAAGAAAAGUGAACCCCACCAAUGGGACGCAAAUAAAAACAAGGAACAAAGAGAAAAAGGUAAGGCUUAUUUAGGAAAGAAGAAGAGAGGAAAUAAAUGGGGCUUUAUUGAACCUAAGCCCGCGAGAGAGAUGAAAAGUAGAUGCAAAUGCAAAUUAAGCUUGAAAGGGGAUACCAAGAUGCACUGUGAUAAAAUACCAGAAGAAGAAAGACAAACAAUGUUUUAG